AUGACCGCUGCAAGGUUGAAAUUGGCGACUGCUUGUACUGGUACAUCACUGCUAAACUGCUGUUGUUUUGACCUUGUUAGGACACUGUCCACCAGCGAUGAUGUUGAGGACAGAGAGACUGAGAAGGGCCGUUUGGAAGAAGCGUAUGAGAAGUGUGACCGGGAUUUGGAUGACCUUAUUGUGCAGCACUACACUGAGCUCACCACAGCAAUCCGCACCUACCAGAGCAUCACGGAGCGUAUCACCAACUCCCGCAACAAGAUCAAGCAGGUGAAAGAGAAUCUGCUGUCGUGCAAGAUGCUGCUGCACUGCAAGCGGGAUGAACUGCGCAAGUUGUGGAUCGAGGGGAUUGAGCACAAGCAUGUCUUGAAUUUGCUGGAUGAGAUCGAGAACAUCAAGCAAGUGCCCCAGAAACUGGAACAGUGCAUGGCCAGCAAGCACUACCUCAGUGCGACAGACAUGUUGGUGUCAGCAGUGGACUCCUUGGAGGGCCCUCUCCUUCAGGUGGAGGGACUGAGUGACCUGAGACUGGAGCUCCAUAGUAAGAAGAUGAACAUGCACUUAGUCCUAAUAGAUGAAUUACACCGUCAUCUUUACAUCAAGUCUACUAACCGCGUGGGACAGCGGAACAAGGAGAAAGGGAGAAUAAGUUCACUUGUGAAGGAUCCAUCUCCUGGGCCUCUUAUGGAUGUCACUAAUUUGUCGACGCCUCGGAAGUUCCUCGAGGCUUCCCAGUUCAGCACUCCUGGGAGCUCAAGCACGAGAGAGAUGACCUUGCUGGAGAUCAAAGAAGAUUCAGAACUGGAUCCAGAAGAGAACAGUGCUGUUUUCAUGGGGAUCCUUAUCAAAGGGCUGGCCAAGCUGAAAAAAAUCCCCGAGACGGUGAAGGCCAUCCAGGAUCGUCUGGAACAGGAGCUUAAGCAGAUUGUCAAGAGGUCCACCACCCAGGUGGCAGACAGUGGCUAUCAGAGAGGGGAGAGCCUUUCCCAGGAGAACCAGCCCAGGUUACUUCUGGAAUUGCUUGAACUUCUCUUCGACAAAUUCAAUGCUGUGGCCACUGCACAUUCUGUGGUCCUGGGAUAUCUUCAGCAGACAGUGUCCUCUCCAUCCAUCCAGUACGAUGGUGAUAUCAAAUUGUAUGACAUGGCCGAUGUCUGGGUGAAGAUCCAGGAUGUCCUGCAGAUGCUGCUGACUGAAUAUUUGGAUAUGAAGAACACUCGGACUGCCUCGGAGCCAUCCGCUCAGCUCAGCUAUGCCAGCUCGGGGAGAGAGUUUGCAUCAUUCUUUGCAAAGAAGAAACCUCAAAGGCCGAAAAACCCUCUGUUCAAGUUUGAGUCGUCCUCCCAUGCUAUUAGCAUGAGCGCCUACUUGCGCGAGCAGAGACGGGAGCUCUACAGCAGGAGCGGAGAACUUCAAGGAGGACCUGACGAUAAUUUAAUCGAAGGCGGCGGAUCAAAGUUUGUCUGCAAACCAGGGGCCAGAAACAUUACGGUCAUCUUCCAUCCAUUACUCAGAUUCAUUCAGGAGAUCGAACAUGCCAUGGAGCUUAGCCCGAGCAAGCAGUGCCCCCUCCGGGAGUUCCUCACCAUGUACAUCAAGAACAUCUUCCUUAACCAAGUCCUGGCAGAGAUCAACAAAGAGAUAGAGGGCGUCACUAAGGCCUCAGACCCGCUGAAGAUACUGGCCAACGCGGACACCAUGAAGAUGCUGGGAGUACAGCGGCCUCUCUUGCAGAGUACAGUGAUUGUGGAGAAGACAGUGCAAGACCUCAUGGACCUGAUGCAUGACAUGAGAGCUUAUUCAGAUCAGUUCCUCAACAUGGUGUGUGUGAAGCUCCAGGAAUACAAGGACACAUGCACUGUUGCUUACAGGAGCAUCGUCCAGUCGGAUGAAAAGCUGGUUAUCAGUGCAUCCUGGGCAAAAGAUGAUGACAUCAGCAGGCUCUUAAAGUCUCUGCCCAACUGGAUCAAUAUGGCCCAGCCCAAGCAACUAAGACCUAAGAGAGAAGAGGAGGAAGACUUUAUAAGGGCUGCCUUCGGCAAAGAGUCAGAAGUCCUCAUUGGGAACCUAGGAGAUAAACUCAUCCCCCAGCAGGAGAUCAUGCGUGACGUCAGCGACUUGAAGGCCUUGGCCAACAUGCAUGAAAGCCUGGAGUGGCUAGCUGGUCGCACAAAAGCAGCCUUCUCCAACCUUUCAACAGCUCAGACAGUGUCGCCAGGUCAGGACAGCCAUGCAAGCAUGGAGCUCCCACCAGCAUCCGAGCAGAUCACGCAGACCCUCAGUGAACUGGCCAAGUCCUUCCAAGAGAUGGCUGACCGCUGUCUGCUGGUCCUCCAUUUGGAAGUCAGAGUCCAUUGCUUCCAUUAUCUGAUCCCACUGGCUAAACAAGGGAAUUAUGCGAUUGUCGCCAAUGUGGAAAGUAUGGAUUAUGACUCUCUCGUGGUGCGGCUGAAUAAGGACAUCAGCGCCAUCGAGGAAGCGAUGAGCGCCAGCCUGCAGCAGCACAAGUUCCAGUACAUCUUUGAAGGCUUGGGCCACUUGAUUUCCUGCAUUCUCAUCAACGGAGCCCAGUACUUCAAGCGCAUCAGUGAAUCCGGCAUCAAAAAAAUGUGCAGAAACAUCUUCAUCCUCCAGCAGAACUUGACCAACAUCACUAUGUCCCGGGAGGCUGACCUGGACUUUGCAAGGCAGUACUACGAGAUGCUGUACAACACGGCCGAUGAGCUCUUGAACCUCGUGGUGGAUCAGGGGGUGAAGUACACGGAGCUGGAGUACAUCUACGCCUUGAGCUUGCUCCACCGCAGCCAGACUGGCGUGGGGGACCAGACUACCCAGAACAUGAGGCUGCAGCGCCUGAAAGAGAUCAUCUGUGAGCAGGCUGCCAUCAAGCAGGCUACCAAGGACAAGAAGAUCACCACGGUGUAACACAAGGCGGCAGGGGCCAUAUUGCUUUUCCAAAGCAAAACCUGCUGUGCAGUUGAUAGCAAGGAAUGAUGCAAGGUGUAUUACAGGCAGUGUUCACUGCACAAGUAGCAGGGGGAAAUGCAGUCUGAUAUUUGGGCUAGGGGUAUUUUUUUUGGUUUCUUUUUUACAUUUAAUCAUGCAAGGCUUCCCUACUGUACUGUGCUGAGAGCAUUUACACUGGUCUCCCUUCAGCAUGGGGAACUUGGCAGAGUUUAACACCCUGGGUGGGGGUGUGGUUAUGCACAUUUAUACCAGGCUGUCUCUAUUAAACUGUUGGUGCUGGACCUUGAGCUCUGAUUGAAGGAGCCAGCCCUGCGGGGGUCGAGCCAGGGGAGGGAAUUUGCUCUUUGCUAGUCUGCAACUGUAGAAAUGGAGAUGUCACGUAUAUUAACUGGUACCACGACCCUCUGCUUCAAGAGCUGGAGGGCCUUGGAAGUGGUCCCACGGAUCUCGCUGCAUGGGAAGCCCAUUUGAGUUGUCACACCUAUUACUCUUCUCUCCAGUGAUAUGUAGGCACAUUGCUUUCUGCUCUUCGCAUUGCAAAGAGAACUUGUUGCCAGUUCAUGACUUGAUGGAUCUUGGCUUUUAUCUCGGAUGGUGCCGAGCCAACGUCAUUAGCGGCAACACACUGAGCCAUCAUUUUCAGUUUCUCGUCUUCUGACACCUCAGAGCCAUGAAUCAUCCUGGCCGGGGGGAAUGGUGGAAGCAAGAGGAAAAUACAUUCUUAACCCAGUAUCAGUCAGGGCAGCUUCAGAGAUGUAAUGCUCUUUGUCCAAAGUUAUUAUCUGAGCCUUUUUUGCCAGAUUAAAAGAUGCCUCCUGAUCCCGUAAGAGGCACAAAAAGAGAUGCAUGGACAUAUUCCACGCUACAGUAAUGCACAGCAAGAGAAGAGGCACAUAAAUUCAAGGUAUCUUCCAGGCUGAAUAUCCAACUCACCACUGAGCAACCCUCGUUGCCCUUCUUGCUUCCGCCAUUCAUUGCUCCCACCCACAUGGUAAGAGGAUCCAUGGCUGAUACGUUUAUUCUACCCUUUAAUGGGAAGUCCACACUACCCUCAUCUUUUCAAAAGGGAAACAGCAAGCCUGGGUUUGGUGUCAUGUCCUGAGAUAUGUUUUCUUUGUCCUUGCAAAGCUGCUUGUGCAGAUUCAGUCUUGAAACAACUGGAAAAAUAAAAGGAUGUUCUAAGAAUCC